AUGACCACUUCGGCCACCCCGCCCCACCUCGCUGCGCCGCCUCACACUGCACCACAACUCGCCUCGGACAGUGAAGAGCUCAGCGAGGACGACCUAAGUGCACCGCAAUCAACCCCUCAUCAUCUGUUCAAUGUGAAUAACAGCAAUAACAAUGAAGAGAAGAAGGAGCAGGAGCAGAGGGAAAAGGAGGAGAAGGAAAAGGAAGAAAAGGAAAAGAAGGAAAAGGAAGAGAAGGAGAAGAAGGAGAAGGAAGAAAAGGAGAAGAAGGAAAAGGAGGAGAAAGAAAAAAAUAAGCCCAAAGAGCUAUUUGUCAUUAAUCCUGCUGGAAGUUUGUAUUACAACUGGCUGUUCAUCAUCACAAUACCAGUCAUGUACAACUGGACCAUGAUCAUUGCCAGGGCUUGCUUUGAGGAACUGCAGCACAACUUCCUCAUUUACUGGGUUAUUCUGGACUACAGCUCAGACCUUAUCUACCUGGCCGAUAUGUUCUUCAGGACCAGAACAGGUUACCUUGAACAAGGCCUGUUGGUGAAAGACGAGAAGCUGCUCAGGGAUCGCUACGUGUCCAGCUUCCAGUUUCGUCUCGACUUCAUCUCCAUGCUGCCCACUGACAUCUUGUAUUUGUACUACGGCCUCGACUACCCAGAGAUCCGCCUCAACAAGCUGCUGAGAAUCGGCCGCUUGAUGGAGUUCUUCGCGAGGACCGAGACUAAAACCAACUACCCCAACAUCUUCCGCAUCGCAAACUUGAUCAUGUACAUCCUCAUUAUCAUCCACUGGAACGCUUGCUUCUUCUUUUCUUUCUCCAAACACAUUGGUUUUGGCGCCGACGAUUGGGUUUACCCGGCUCUGGAUGACCCGGAUGAGCCCGCGUUCGGGGAGCCCAUGAGGAAGUAUUCAUUCAGCCUCUACUGGUCCACGCUGACUCUGACUACCAUUGGAGAAACUCCACCACCAGCCCUGGACUCAGAGUUUCUCUUCCACGUCGUUGACUUCUUAGUCGGGGUCUUGGUCUUUGCCACCAUUGUCGGAAACAUCGCCACCAUGAUCUCCAAUAUGAAUGCUGCACAAGCUCAGUUUCAAUCUCGGAUUGACAACAUCAAGCAGUACAUGCAGGUCCGAAAGGUCAGCAAGGAUCUUGAGCUGCGGGUCAUCAAGUGGUUUGACUAUCUGUGGAAUAACGGCAAGGCACAGGACGAGAGAGAAGUGCUGAGGUAUCUGCCAGACAAGCUGAAGGCUGAAAUCGCCAUCCAAGUCCACAUGGACACGCUGAAGAAAGUUCGUAUUUUUGCAGACUGUGAGGCGGGACUGCUGAUCGAGCUGGUGCUGAAGCUACGUCCACAGGUGUUCAGCCCCGGAGACUAUAUCUGCAAGAAGGGCGACAUUGGCCGUGAGAUGUACAUCAUCAAAGAUGGAAAACUGGCGGUUGUUGCUGAUGACGGUGUCACGCAGUUUGUCGUGCUGGGGAGCGGCAGCUAUUUUGGUGAGAUCAGUAUCCUGAAUAUCAAAGGCAGCAAAGCAGGCAACCGGCGAACAGCCAACAUCCGCAGCAUCGGAUACUCAGACCUCUUCUGCCUGUCCAAGGAUGACCUGAUGGAGUCACUUUUAGAGUAUCCAGAUGCCAAGGGGAUGCUAGAGGAGAAAGGCAGGCAGAUCCUGAUGAAAGAUGGGCUGAUAGACUUGGACCCAGCGAACAUCAUGCCUGAGGCCAAGGAGCUGGAGGAGAAGGUCAAUAGACUGUACAGCACGAUGGAGCUGAUGCAGAGCAAGCUGAAGAAGAUUCUGGGAAAAUACAAGGUAACUGACAAGACUCUCAGGUGUCGCAUCACCGACCUGGAGCGCCAGACGGGAGAGGAGGUAGAAGACGAGGAUGAAGAGGAAGAAGAGGUGAAGAAGGAAGAGAAAGAGGCAGAGGGAGAGAAGAAGGAAGAAGAGAAAGGAGAUGAGGAGGAAAAGGGGGAAGAGGAAAAAGGUGAGGAGGCGAAGGAUGAAGAAGGAAAGGGCGAGGAGGCACAAGAGGAGGAGAAAAAAGACGAGACUACAGAGGAAGAUAAAAAAUAA